GGUGGCCUUGCUAUAACUAGUCUAGUAUGUGAACGUAUCACGUGUUGCUCUAGUUUCAGUAGUCUCGAUCAACAGGCUCGAUCACCAUGAAACUUGUCGUCGUUCUUCUGGUUUUCGCCGUCGCCUCAUUGUCAGUGAGAGCUGAGACAUGUUUGUCAGUAAGUGACUGUGUCGUGACUGGAUGUUCCGCAGGAGGAAAUCUCGUCUGUGACGAUGAGGGGAAAUGCACGUGCGAGACUAGCCACAAUUGCACGGACGGUGAAGAUAUUGGCGUUCACUGCAAUAGCGCACGACAUUGCCGGAAUUGGUACGAAUCUGCACCGAACCACAAAUGUGAGUGUGGCGACACGCACAACCUCCACUGCAUAGACUCAAGAUGUAAAUGCGGAUAUCCUCCUAACUAAGGAAGCUCCGUUAUAGAAUAGGCAGAAAGUCGAAUAAAUAGGAAAACACAGAUGUAGGUACCUUGUGAAUAGAGGUUUGAUUUACGUAAUAGAAUUGUCAUCUUUGUAUGCAUUGGAAAUAAAACUCGUUGAACUGUU